AUGCAAUGGCAAGCCUGUCGGGGUGAGACUUGCCGCGACUGGGGCUCUCGCUCCCAGUUUCAGGACGGGUCUGUGGCGGUGAGCAGCACCGGGCUAGUAGACCAUGCUCUGGCAAGCAGAUCCAUCGUGUCAGCGAGCUCUUGCAGCUCCUACCAGGGUGGCCCGGUCUUGUAUCAACCUGAUGGCAGCUCGACGGACUUGAGGAUGUUCAGCGAUGCCGUGGCGGGGAAGUUGCAGCUCGUGGAGGCUAGCUUGUCACAAACUGACCACGACUUGCUUGCUGCAGCCACCGUCUCCCAAAUCUUCUUUGCUGAGCUGGUGGACUCCGCACAGAGGGUGGCUGGGAAUCUCAGCAUGACUGCAACCCAGGCUUUAGAGAAGCUUCCCGCGCUGCUUUGGGCGAGGUCUGCUGACGCGCAGCUCGUGGCCUGCGUGGUGGAGCUUCAUGACAGCAUCGCCCUCUUGUUCGAGGGGGCGAAAUCCGUCCGUGCGGACUACAUCGACUUUCUCAAGUACAUGCAGUACCUGGGCCAGUGUGUACAGAUCACGGUGGACCAGCUGGUGAUGAGCUCUUUGCCCGAACCUGUCGAGGAUGAGGGCGGAAGCCUCGAGUGCCAGGCCCCACUUGAGCUUAGCGACACGGACAAGGAGUUGCAGAAGCUCCUGGAACUGGCCCUGAUGCAUCUGGAUGGCAUAUGCCGGGUCUUGGAGGAGUGCUCUGACUUCUGGCUGAUGCUACACGAGGCAGAACUGCAGCUUCGGAAGCUUGAGAAGGAGUCCACGUCGCUUUCGCAUGCCCUGCGUACACACGCUCCCGGGCUCAAUGCAGCCUCACAGAAAUUUUGUGAGCACGUUAAGUCUUUCUUUGGCGUGUACUCUGGGCUCGCGCCGCCCACUAGCAAGUCACAGCUCCCAGAAUUCAAGCGGAGCUGUUCUUGA